UCCACUUUCCCUCCCCCAUUCUCAGCCUCAAUCUCAACCUUUCUCUUUUCUGCCAUCAUGUUUGCUUUCUGUUGGUGGGCUUUGAUGGCUCUUACUCCAAGCUCAGUUGGGGAUGAAGAUUCUCCACCUCCUUCUACUCCUCUCAACAUCAAUGGUGGUGGUGGUGGUGGUGGAGCUAGUGGCAGUGGCAGUGGCAAUGACAGUGGUGUUGUUGAAGUUGUGGGGUUGAAGCACAACCCAGGAAUUUUCCUCCACUGGACUGCCGAAGAACAGGCUAUACUGGAAGAUACGCUUCCCAAAGUUGCCUCAGACCCACCCCUCCUUCGGUAUGCAAAGAUUGCCAUGUUGCUGAAGGACAAGACAACUCGAGAUGUGGCACUGCGUGUUAGAUGGAUGAUUAUGCAAACAGAAAAUGGCAAGAGAAGGAAAGAGGAUCAUACUUCAACAAGAAAAACCAAAGACAAAAAGGAAAAAGGUGCAGUUCCUUCAGCAAAGUCAUCAUCUCCUCUAGUAACUGCUUCCAAUGGUCCUCGGCAUGCCCUGUCACUGAUCCCUGUGGAUGCAGAUGAUGAAAUAUCAUAUAAAGCAAUUGGUGGGGAAAUGGGAUGGCUUCUUGAGCAAAAUGCACAGGCUUUUAAUCAAAUUUCUGCAAACUUUGCAGCUUCUAAGAUAUAUGACAACAUAGAUCUUCUUUGCCAAGCUCGUGACAACAUAAAGAAACUCUUGAAUAACUUGAAUGAUGAACCCAAGGCAAUGAAGCAGAUGCCACCACUUCCAGUGAAGCUGAAUGAAGAGCUUGCCAAGUCCAUCCUUCCAAUGAGGCUGAAUGAAGAGCUUGCCAACCCCACCCUUCCUGGCCCAUCUGCUUCUCCUUAAUCUGCUGACAAGGUCAAUUGAGUUAGGAACUCUUGAACGAAACGCGAAAAGAAAAAACUGGUCACUUGCAUCUUGCUCUCUUCUCAGUUCCAAAUAGGAUAAAGAAAUAGAUUAGGCUGUUGUUUUUUCUUUAUUUAAUUGUAAGGCUGUAGUUUAUAUAGAAUGUGAAUAGUUGGUUGUGUACAUGGAGUUUCUGACUGUAUAAAUGCUUGUAAAAAAACCUUCAGUUCAAAUUAUAGUAGUGUAUUCAUGGAGUUUCUGAUGGUAUGAAUGCUUGUAAAAAACCCUCGGGUCAAAUUAUAGUAGUGUAUCAGAUAAUUUUCAUAAUAUUUAGUGAUUAUCAUCAGUGGUGUAGGCUGUAGCCUAUUUUUAGAAGGGCAAUAUCAUGACAACUUUUUACA